GUUAUUUUUGACACACACUUCCUUCCAAUAGCGAUGGGUCUGUGCAAGUGCAGAGAAGCGACGACGCUGUUCUGCUACGAGCAUCGCAAGAACGUUUGUGAAAAGUGCCUCGUUUCCGACCAUCCCAGGUGCGUUGUACGAUCGUACGUCAAGUGGCUCCAGGACAGCGAGUUCAGCGCCGACUGCGUACUCUGCAACCAGUCGCUCGAGAACGGUGGUGUCGUUCGUCUAACAUGCUAUGAUGUGUUGCAUUGGGAAUGCCUCGACAAGUAUGCCAAGUCACUCCCUGCGCACACAGCACCUGCUGGAUACACGUGCCCCCAAUGCCAGGCACCCAUCAUCCCGCCGGAUAAUGCGGGGUCAUUAGUUGCACAGCAGCUUCGACAGCAACUCAUUGGCUCAUCGUGGGCGCGUGUCACUUCGAUUGCUCCAAUCCCGCCAACUCGCCAUGACACUUCGAAAUCUGUCAGCUCGCCGCUACAAACAUCCUCCCUGCCAGGGUUACUCCCGGCCACUACUAAUGGCACUGUGGCCUCGCCUGCUCAUGCAAAUGGUACCUCUGGAGGUCCAAUGGCAUCGUCGUCCUCUACAUCGCUCACUCUGUCCUCAGCUCGUCGUCCCGGUGGUGGUCAAGAUACUGCUCUUCUGCUUCACGAUCAUGAUGAUGACAAGUACGGGCAACGACGAGGACUGGCGCACUUGCUCAGGCAAUGUCUCGGGUUGCGGUCUUUGCGGCGAACGUUUGUCAUUGCGCUGGCCAUUGCGUUGGUUUUAUUUGUAGUGUUGGGCAUUGGCUCUCGCGUCUUAACUGGGCCCCCUGUCUAGCCCAAAUCUGUGAUUUUAAACAAAGAAUAACAAGUAACGCGUCGAUUUCCA